AUGGAAGUCGGUAAUGAUCUAUAUGAGUAUGAAACGCAGUUCUUUGGUUUUUCACCGAAAGGUUUCAUUGACACAGUUUAUAACGUUAUUGUUGAAACAUGGACUACGAUAGUACAAAAAGAAAUCAUCCCAAAAAUAAAAUGCGAAGAUAUUGACGACAGUAAAAUAUCAAACUUGAAAAAAAAAUUCGCUUCAUUAAUAGUUCGCAACAAUUUUUUGGAUGGAAUGAUGGACAGACUAGAACAGCAUGUGGUACAUUACAUUUUUCGGAUACCUGAUUUUUUGACGCUUCCGGAAGACCUUCCUAAUUUAGAAGUCAAUGAAACGAUAGAUGAAGAGGUAGAAAUAGGGCAAAGAAUCAAACGACUGGAGGAUGAAAUCGUGGAGUAUAAAUGUAACAUUUGUUUUGAAAUGUGUUUGAUUUGCGCAUACCUUAAUGGUAUUCUUUGCGUUUAUUCUUUGGUAGUAGCUGAGAACGAAGAGGAUUAUCUCCAGAUAAUGAUGUCCAAAGAGGAAACUAUUUUCACUUCCAGUCGAAGUUCUUGUAAAAUAUGUAUGCUUUUACAGCUCUGCAAUGCCGUGGAACCUUCAUCUGCUGGUGAAGCUGAUCGUGUCGUGUUUGAACAAGAAAAGUUGCGUUCUUCUCACGACAGAAAGGUGAAGUGGGGAGAGUAA